CUGUGGCAUCGCCAAUCCCUGGAAAACGCGUAAACGUUUUCGUGUAACCAUGCCGACAGGUCAACCAAUAAGGCUUCUUGUCGUCAUACACCCGGAAAUUAUGUUCAUUGAUUCUACCGGUUUCUUCAAGUUGCACCGCUUUCCAUGAUAGCACUUUCUUCAGGACGCGCAAGAGAUGUUGCUGUUGGCGUUGGGUGCCCUCCUCCUGCUCUUCUGCAGCCUGGAUGUUUGGUACUUCCUGCGAGGGGCCCAGGUGUUCAUCCAGGCAUGGUUCCAGCCCAGGAUACGGGACAUUUUAGCCGAGCAGAGCAUCGAAGGCAUGGUCCUUCCACAUGAUUUGGACUACUUGGGCCACAUGAACAACUCUCGGUAUCUGAGGGAGUGUGACUUUGCACGCUUUCACCAUUACAUGAGGAAUGGACUGUUCAUGGCCUCACGCAAACUGGGGGCGAAAUUGGUGGUAGGGGCGUCUACCAUCCGGUACCGCCGCUCCUUGGUCUUCCGUGAGGCUUUUGAGAUUCGGACCAAAGUUUUGGGCUGGGACGAGAAAGCCUUUUACUUGGAGCAGCGUUUUGUAUCCAAGAAAGAUGGCUUCGUCUCUGCGAUCAUGCUCUGUAGGCAGAAUGUGGUGCACUGCAGCCCCGAAACCAUCAUUGAAUUUAUCUGCAAAAAGAAGAUCGAGUGCCCGGAGUUUCCAGAGGACCUCAAACACUGGAUGAACUUCAUUGCGGCCAGCAGCCAAGCCCUGAGAGCAGAGAGUGGACUAGAGGGAAAGAACAAGUGAAGCCACACCAUGACGCUGCGUAUCAUGAGUGUCGACACAUUUCAUAUCAUAUAUAGCAUUGCACGCACAUAUACAUGCACACAAACACUUAAACAUUGUAGAGUGUUUUAGUUGACUUCCAGAAGUAUCUGUUUUGGAUAAAUUCUACCUGCUGUGUAUUUUUGUAAGACGUGAAGUUCUUUGACCCGAGGGGGGCUGAACAUGAAAACUUGAACUGUAAGGUUUCAAAUGCUCGGUAUGUAAAUGGAUCACAAUGGCGUUUGUAGCUUUACCCUUGCAGCUUAUUCAGUAGUUGACUGUAAGUAGACCAGCAUUACACAUCUUCAUUCUCAUUCAGCAAAAUCCUCUAACCUCAGAUAAGCAUGUAGAACAAAAUGUAAUCUUCCACUGACGUCAAUGCAUGAUUUGAAACAACCAGAAUAUUUUUGUGCCUGUUUCUAGUAGUUUAGAACGCGUUAUAACUUUUCACCAAAAAAAAGACAUGGGUGCAAUGAAAUACUUGAAUGGAUAUAAUGAACAUGUGCUGACGAUUGUUUUAAUUUCCCUAUCAGUAUUUUGCACAAAGUUAUUAUUAACCUAAGGGAGAAAACCAAAAUUCUUAUGAGGGAUGAAUAUAUCGGUGCAAUGAAGAAUUAAAAUACCUGCUUUUAAAAGGACAGCCCCUCAAUCAGGCCUGCGUGUCAUUUUAUGAGAGCGUGCUUAUAUUUUCGAUUGACGGGUGUAAUGAGCAAACAUGAGGUUGCUGGCAACUUUUCAAAACCUGCAACGCACAAUUACCAAUGAAUGUCUGAGUGAUGUUUGAGUCCACUGAGGCGGUCGAUUUGAAAGAUGUUCUCGUUAAUGCAUCAGAGUUUUUCCUUUGUGACCAAAGUAAUGUACUGUUCUGUGUGAAGGAAAUCCGAUUUUUUUUUUUAAAGAUGUCUAAUCUGUUUUAUUUAUGUUGUUGAUGCACUGAUCACCAGAUUCUUUUAAGUUUGAAGUUAUACAUUCUCUGUUUAUGUCCCAACUAUUUAUGAUUGAUUGAAAUGUAUCAAAAUUUAUUUAUUGUGUUUGUUAAUAUUUAAGUGCAUUUUUUUUCAAUUAAAAAUGCUCUGG